AAAAAAAGAGAGAGAGAUUUUAUUUUACUUCUAGCUGAGUGACACCUUACACACCAAGCUGGCCAGAAACUCAAGAACAGGGACUGACUUUGUUUCCUGACUCCACGGGAUCAAAAUAAGUAGCUUCCCACUUGAAUCUUUCCCUAGAGUGGAUGAGAAAUAUGGUUUCAGUGACUUAAUCUGUGACUUUGACUUACCAAUUUUAGAUCUUAUGAGAAACACCACUUACUUCUUCAGAGUGAAAAGGUCGAACAGUUAAGCAAUUGACUAUGGCCAAUUGAAGGCAGCGUUCCAGGUUUUCAUCCAUUAGGCCAGCCAGAGGAUUUUCCUAGAGUUGUGGAGGGAAGGUGAGAGGCCAGUUGCCCUUUAACCUAAAGCCUUUUUUUGUUUCUUAUUUUUUUAUUGUUCAAUACUAUAGUUCAAAGAACUAAGCAAAAUUUAAGGGUGUUUUUCCAUUAAAAAGGAAUAUUUGGUUGCUUUUGGAAAAUAUACCAGAUUCAUAGGAAAACACGUUACGAUUAAACGAGUUAUGCCUGUAAAGUGAGUGAAAAAAUGUACGUAGUACUUAAACUCUUAACCAGCGUGGGGCUUAGAGGGGAUAUGGGAGGCCCCAUGAAGAUGCCCUCCAGUCAGAGUCUUGGUGGGAUUCCAAGAGGUGGUUCGAAAUACAAAAAUAAGUACUUGACUUUCCCUUGGUGUCCUUGUGGAGAUUUUAAGCCAUGAUGCAAUGUUAACAUGAGAGUGGUUAUUUUUAUGACCGAGGCAGGUAAAUAUGCUAUUUGAAAAUAUUCAGGAAAGGGCGAUUUGGUCCAGAAGAAUGGGGGCAUCCAAAGUACAGUGGGUGAAGUGAAUCGUGCAUUUUUGAAGAGAGCCUUGUGCUGGACAGGAUGGUCCAGUAUUGUAAACACGAGUUUCUCAUGCUUAACUCUCCUUCCUAGCAACAGGAAGACGGAAAUGAGGCCAUGCAAAAAAAAAAAAAAAAAAAAAAAAAAAAAGCCCCUGAAGGGCUCCAGACAAUACUUGACCCACCCUAGCAUUUUCCCUGUACAGCCAGAAGACUUGCAAAAGUAAAAAUAACUUCAGAUGUUUCCCCUUCCUCUCUGGAUAUAGCCAGAUCACUAAAGACCGAAUUCUUAGAGCUUUAGAACACCCUAGUCAAACCUGGCCCCGAAGUGUAAUGGACAUCAAGGCUCACAUCAUGCCAAGCCUGUUCUCAAAAUUAUAAAGCAGACCUGGGGAGAAAGGUGAUCUUGAUUUUUUGUUCACAUAGUUCAGUGAUUAGAAGUCUAAGAGUUGGGAUCCAGUAGAGGAGAGAAUUUAAUUUCUGAACAUGGUGAUUCCUGAGUUUCAUCGAGUGCUCAUUUUAACAGGAUUUGUCCUUAAACUCUGGAGUUGUGGGGAUACCAUGCAAAGGAAUGAUGUGCAUGGCAUUUAGGACCCCAAAAGUGGUUAGGACCUAGCAAGUGGUCCCUUGCUGUGGUUAUCAGGGGGAACUAAUGCCCAGCCAUAAAGUGUUAACAUCCAAACACUGUGUCCUCAAAAAGCGCAGUCCCCAGUUCGUCUUGUGAAAUUAAGAGGAAAAUGCUUUUCUGGAGCGGUGUUCACAAUUGUCCUUCUAUCAGGAAUUCUGAGACUUGUGGGUCAUUCCUCUUUUAAGAAAGUGCCGUAAGAUUAAAAUUUGCUUUAUGGGAGUGGGUUGCUGGUAGGAGUGCAAUCAGUGGUGUUUUCUUUCAACCUCAAAUUAGUCAGAAAUCUAAUUAAUGGAAAAGGGGGAAGAUUCCCAGCCGAGAAGGGCUCUUCCUGUCUGUCUGCCCUUUUCCUUGUGCGAUCCUGUGUUGUUGUUAAGGAUUAUCAUGAUCAAUGAUAAGGAGUAGGGAGUGGUCCUGCUGGGGAUUCUUUAAUUAGGUCUACUCUGUCUUAACUUUUUUUUCACUAUACCUUCCUUGCUGUGGUGCACGGGAAGAAAGGCUUGCGUGUAUAUUAGUGUGUAUAGUCUUAUCGUCUCUUACAAGGAAUGGUCACCCUUCUCUAGUAUGAACGCUCCUUUUUAAUUUUUGUAAAAAACCCACAGACUUUUGACAGGAUGCUAAUAAUAUUAUAGAAGCUAAAAUGUCUCACGUACUUUGCCCUUAUUGCACGUUUAACCUUCACCUCGGCGGCUCCAGAAAGACCCAUGUGAUUAUUCCCCUUUUACAGAUGAGGAAUCCGAGGCUCCGGAGAGUUCCAUUCCUUGCGGAAGGUCGCUGGCUGUACGUGGCCGAGCUAGGAUUCCAACCAGAAAUUGAAGCCAAGGAAGCUUGUGAUUGGCUACGGGCAACAGGUUUCCCCCAGUACGCACAGCUUUAUGAAGAUCUUCUGUUCCCCAUUGAUAUUUCCUUGGUCAAGAGAGAGCAUGAUUUUUUGGACAGAGAUGCCAUUGAGGCUUUAUGCAGGCGUCUAAAUACUUUAAACAAAUGUGCGGUGAUGAAGCUGGAAAUUAGUCCUCAUCGAAAGAGAAGUGAGGAUUCGGACGAGGACGAGCCCUGUGCAAUAAGCGGCAAAUGGACUUUCCAGAGGGACAGCAAGAGGUGGUCCCGGCUGGAAGAGUUUGAUGUCUUUUCUUCAAAGCAGGACGCAGCCCCCGGGGCCCCCGACGAUGCCCACCUGAAGAACGCGGCGAGCCAUGAAAGCAUGCUGACGGACCUCAGCGAGCGCCAGGAGGUGGCCUCGGUCCGCAGCCUCAGCAGCACCGGCAGCCUCCCGGUGCACGCGCCUCACACCGGGGACGCGGCGACGCCCCGCACGAACUCCGUCAUCAGCGUGUGCUCCUCCGGCAACUUCGUGGGCAAUGACGACUCUUUCUGCAGCCUGCCCUCCCCCAAGGAACUGUCCAGCUUCAGCUUCAGCAUGAAAGGCCACGAGAAGAACGCCAAGUCCAAGACGCGCAGCCUGCUGAAACGCAUGGAGAGCCUGAAGCUCAAGGGCUCGCACCACGGCAAGCACAAGGCGCCUUCCAAGCUGGGGCUGAUCAUCAGCGGGCCUAUCCUGCAGGAGGGGAUGGACGAGGAGAAGCUGAAGCAGCUGAACUGCGUGGAGAUCUCCGCGCUCAACGGCAACCACAUCAACGUGCCCGCGGUUCGCAAGCGGAGCGUUUCCAACUCCACGCAGACCAGCAGCAGCAGCAGCCAGUCGGAGACCAGCAGCGCCGUGAGCACGCCCAGUCCGGUCACCAGGACCCGGAGCCUCAGCGCCUGCAACAAGCGGGUGGGCAUGUACCUGGAGGGCUUCGAUCCGUUCAAUCAGUCCACGUUCAACAACGUUAUGGAACAGAACUUCAAGAACCGCGAGACCUACCCAGAGGACGCAGUGUUCUACAUCCCGGAAGAUCACAAGCCCGGCACCUUCCCCAAGGCGCUCUCCAACGGCAGUUUCUCUCCAUCAGGGAAGAACAGCUCCGUCAACUGGAGGACUGGAAGCUUCCACGGCCCGGGCCACAUCAGCCUGCGGAGGGACAACGGCAGCGACGGCCCCAAGGAGCUUAAGCGACGCAAUUCGUCCAGCUCCAUGAGCAGCCGCCUGAGUAUCUAUGACAACGUGCCUGGCUCCAUCCUCUACUCCAGUUCGGGUGACCUGGCCGACCUGGAGAACGAGGACAUCUUCCCCGAGCUGGACGACAUCCUCUACCACGUGAAGGGGAUGCAGAGGAUAGUCAACCAGUGGUCGGAGAAGUUUUCAGACGAGGGAGACUCCGACUCAGCCCUGGACUCGGUCUCUCCGUGCCCGUCGUCUCCCAAACAGAUACACCUGGAUGUGGACAACGACCGAGCCACGCCCAGUGACCUGGACAGUACCGGCAACUCACUGAACGAGCCGGAAGAGCCCUCCGACAUCCCGGAAAGGAGGGAUUCUGGGGUUGGGGCCUCUCUGACAAGGUCCAAUAGGCACAGACUGCGAUGGCACAGUUUCCAGAGCUCCCAUCGGCCGAGCUUAAACUCUGUAUCGCUGCAGAUUAACUGCCAGUCUGUGGCCCAGAUGAACCUGCUGCAGAAGUACUCGCUCCUAAAGUUAACCGCCCUGCUGGAGAAGUACACGCCUUCGAAUAAGCAUGGUUUUAGCUGGGCUGUGCCCAAGUUCAUGAAAAGGAUCAAGGUUCCAGACUAUAAGGACCGGAAUGUGUUCGGGGUCCCUCUGACGGUCAAUGUGCAGCGCACAGGACAGCCCCUGCCCCAGAGCAUUCAGCAGGCCAUGCGCUACCUCCGCAACCACUGUUUGGAUCAGGUUGGGCUCUUCAGAAAGUCGGGUGUCAAGUCCCGGAUUCAGGCUCUGCGCCAGAUGAAUGAAAGUGCCAUAGAUUGUGUCAGCUAUGAGGGACAGUCUGCUUAUGAUGUAGCAGACAUGUUGAAGCAGUAUUUUCGAGACCUUCCUGAGCCACUAAUGACGAACAAACUCUCGGAAACCUUUCUACAGAUCUACCAGUGUGUGCCCAAGGACCAGCGCCUCCAGGCGAUCAAGGCCGCCAUUAUGCUCCUGCCUGAUGAGAACCGGGAGGUUCUACAGACGCUCCUUUAUUUCUUGAGCGAUGUCACGGCCGCCGUCAAAGAAAACCAGAUGACCCCCACCAACCUGGCUGUGUGCCUAGCGCCCUCCCUUUUCCACCUCAACACCCUGAAGAGAGAGAAUUCUUCUCCAAGGGUGAUGCAAAGGAAACAAAGCUUGGGUAAACCAGAUCAGAAGGAUUUGAAUGAAAACCUCGCUGCCACGCAGGGGCUGGCCCAUAUGAUUGCCGAGUGCAAGAAGCUCUUCCAGGUUCCCGAGGAAAUGAGUCGAUGUCGGAAUUCCUACACAGAACAGGAGCUGAAGCCCCUCACUCUAGAAGCACUGGGACGCCUGCGUCACGACGAGUCGGCUGACUACCAGCACUUCCUCCAGGACUGUGUGGAUAGCCUGUUUAAAGAAGUCAAGGAGAAGUUUAAAGGCUGGGUCAGCUACUCCACAUCGGAGCAGGCUGAACUGUCCUAUAAGAAAGUGAGCGAAGGACCGCCUCUGAGGCUUUGGAGGUCAACCAUCGAAAUCCCUGCUAUGCCUGAGGAGAUCUUAAAGCGCCUACUUAAAGAGCAGCACCUCUGGGAUGUAGACCUGUUGGAUUCAAAAGUGAUCGAAAUCCUAGACAGCCAAACUGAAAUUUACCAGUAUGUCCAAAACAGUAUGGCGCCCCACCCUGCCCGGGACUACGUUGUUUUGAGAACAUGGAGGACCAAUUUACCGAAGGGGGCUUGUGCCCUUUUACUCACCUCUGUGGAUCACGACCGGGCACCUGUGGUGGGGGUGAGAGUCAAUGUGCUCCUGUCCAGGUAUCUGAUCGAACCCUGCGGGUCAGGGAAAUCCAAACUCACCUACAUGUGCAGAGCCGACUUAAGGGGCCACAUGCCAGAGUGGUACACAAAAUCUUUCGGACAUUUGUGUGCAGCUGAAGUUGUGAAGAUCCGAGACUCUUUCAAUAAUCAGAACACUGAAACCAAAGACCCCAAAUCUAGGUGAUUACUGAAGCCAAGCGACUGCGUCCGCCGUCUGGAUAGUUGUUUCUAGAAUUCUUGCCAGUCCUUGGAAGAAUGCGUUCUGAGUCUAAUCUGAAACAAAGCAAACGACAAGUUGGAGUGUAGGAAUUGACUUUUCGUGAUUUAAGACAUUUUCAAAGCUGCUUCCUGUUCGUUUAAGGUCUAGAGUACAGACCUUGACUGGAAUAUGUAAGACUGUGCAAAAAAAAAAAAAAAAGUAUUCUUAUGCAAACUGCUUCUGAGAAGCAAAACUAUAAAUACAUCACGAAAAAUAAUGAAGAUACUUCAUUCUCUUGUGAUUCUGGCGUAUGUGUACCUAUGUCAUUUUAUUCGCGGCGUGCUGAGGGACUGGCGUAUCCACUGGAAUAGUUGGUACUCUUUGACAUGUUUCUCACUGAGAUGAGCAAAGAAAGGUUUGCACAGAGGAGUGUGUGUAUGUGUGUUUGUUGCUGGUCGAAUGGCACAGAUGUAUACGUUGGAACACAGUGUCUGGCACACUGAGAUGCCUCCCCGGAGGAUACCGAUGCGUCAGGUUCAGUUUAACCUGGAAUAUCUGACUGCCCGUGGAUCCAUCCAGAAAGGGAACCCCAAAACCCUCGCCCACUUGUUUUUUUUCCAAGUCAUUAAGCACAUUCCUUUUUUUACCAACCUCCUCUUUCCUUAAAGUAAUUGUAGUAGCUUGAUUCCACUGUCCCGUCUCAAACACAGUACGUCUUCAGAUCUGAUUGCAAAUAGUGAUACACUUUUUACCCAGAAUAGAUCAGGUCAGGGAAGAAACUCCGCCCCCCACCCCCUUCCCCACCCUUACUAGCUCCAGAGCACAGUCUUAUUGUGUGUUUUUGUGUUUGUUUUUUAAGUCGAGAUGUUAACGACUGAACACUCUAACAUCUCCUCAGUCGAGCCCCAGAACUUUUUACCUGCUGGAAUUUUUUGCAUUUUCAUGUUUCGAACCCAAACUCUUGAAGACUUACUGAAAACAUAGGAAACUACGUCUGUCCCAAGGAAAUCCCUGUAAAUUUAAACCAAGGUAUUAAAAUUUAACAACAGGCGUGGAUUCUGGUUAUUCAUAGCGCUUCUGAAAGCUGCACAUACUUAGUAAUUGGAUCUGUCCUUUUCAGCAAAUAGGUUUUCUGGUUUUGUGACUUUUUUUUUUUUCCCUCGGCUUUGUUUUCCCUACGUUUCUUUUUCUUCUCCUUUAUAAUGAUGCCCCUGGAAUGUAUGUUAGUGGUAAAUGAAAAUAGCUAUCAUAGAAAGAAAACCCAAAAAAAGUGCCAGCACCGUUUUUUGGAAGGGUGGUCUUUAUACAGGUUUUACCGUAACCAUGAAGAUUGACUCAUGAGACAGUAUUAGUGACUUUAUUUUGUAUGGAUCAAAAGUGAAUAAUGUAUGAAUGAGAGUUGUAAGAAGGAGUUUUAUUUUGUUAUAACAUAUUAUAGUUACCAUUGUCAGUGUUAUUUCAAAGGUUCUUUGAAGAAUUUGCAGCGGGGGAAGAUUAGAGUUUUAAAAUUUGAGUAUUUUGGAUAUCAGUGUUCCUCAUGAAGAUAUACUUGUAUAUGCAAUUUUAAUAGCUUUCAGAUUUGUAAGAUUGUAUGUUGUAUAUACCAUUCUAUUAAGAUAAAGAAACAUGUCCACAUGUCCACUGUGCUUUCAAACCUAGAUAAAGCAUGACAAAAAUUAUUAUUUAAAAUAUACUUGUAUUUAUACCUCAGAUAUUCUUUUGGGUUUUGUACCUCAAUGCUUUUUUUUUUCCUAAUGUAAAUACACUUUACAUGAAUACAGUCUAAGUAAAAAAAAAAUAAAAGAAGAGGUUUAUAACUUGCUCUAUAUCUGUACAGAAUAUAAUCCAUAAGUGCACUAUUAAAUGUUUAAAGUAAGGGAAAGGUCUGGCCUGCUUUCCUUUGUAUCGCAUCUCACUCCUACCCUUAGAACCACAGAUUGCAAAGCAUAUCAUCCUGGCAUCAGCCAAAAUGAAAAUCAGAUUUGCUGAAGGAAAAAUGGGACUGCAAAUAAUUUCAAGGCCAAACUGCAACUGAGCCACUCACUAACAAACAGGAAACCCUAGUGAAGGUUCAGGAAGCAUGGAGAUGCUGUCCUAACAAAGGUCGUUAGGAAAGGAUGCUGAGAAAGUUACAAGAAUAAGGAACCAGGAAGAGUAAGAUGCUCAUAUAAGCAAAGCCAAGGUCACCGUUUAAUUCCACAAAAGGUCUCUUUCCCACUGUUCAGCUUUCCUGUGGAAAGGAUUCCUUAACAUAUUUGACAACAGGAGAAUUCAGAGGAUGUGAAUGUUCCAAGAACUCUGUGUAAGUCACCUAAAGUGAUACUGCCACAACUUACUAAUUGUGACUCAUCACCUAGAUUGUAAGCUCUUUGAGGGCAGGGCUCUCCUACACAUCUUUAUAACCCCCUACAGCAGCUUUCAGCGUUUUGUACUUGUAGGCACCUAAUAAAUUUAUUAUUUGCUAAAUGGAA